AAAACAACCAACUAGUCUCAACAAGUUACACUGUAGAUAGUUUAAAAGCGUCGCUAUCAGUAACACUAUACAACCUACGCUGCGCACGCAGGUUUCUACAGGGUAUCGCAGUGUAAUGAGCGUAAUGGUCGACGUACAGGCUGCUCCUGGUCGUCAAGGAGCUAACGUUAGCUGCUUGUUGUUGCUUAGCGACGUGAAUCCAGCGGCAGCAAAGAGCCAGCAAAGAGCCAGCUAGCAUCGAGAGCACUACUUAUUAUAUCAUAUGAGUUAUAUAGACAGAAGACCCACACGUGUAACUAAUUAGAUGAUGAGAACAGCGACUAAUGCCGUUGAGAUAACGUAUCCAUACCGAGGAGACUGGUUAAAUGUGAACCUUUUAAGUGCUAAGCAGGUUGUUAAGUUCAGAUACUGCUAACUCACUUUACCCGGAGUUCACCUGUUAUUAUCCUCACCAAACGAAAACUAUUAAUGUUUGCAGUGAAAGGCAUGUUUUAAGUUUGGUAGUUACCAUUGACGUUUAGGUAAAACAGCAGGAGAGAGCACAAAAACUUUAUCAGUUUUCGUCACUGACAUAAUCAGGUGAAACAAACACCUGUGGUUCAACUGAAGUGCCUGUCAGACGGUUGAUGCUUGACAACUCCUCCCUGCACACCUUUCCAAGUGGAGCUCCAGAUCCGGGCCGAGGUCCUAAUAGGCCCUGGGGUGAUCGCCAAAUCUGAACACAUUUGUUUAGGAGUUGACAUCUGUUGCAACAUAAACUACACUACUACUCGGGUUACACUCCCCCGUCAGAUGGCGUUCUGCCUGGCUGAGUUGCACUUGUGGUCCACCAAGAGCUCACUCCAAGUCAAAGAUACAGAUAUUGGCACCUAUCAGUACUACGAUAAAGGAGAGCCAGUCAGUCCCCUGGAGCAUCAUUACUACAAUGAGAAACUCCAUUUCUGUGAAGCUCGAGGCUAUUCGUGGACCCCCAGGAACCGCCGACCGGAGAAGCUACGUGAUUCGCUGAAGGAGUUGGAGGAACUGUUGCAGACCAACACCUGCGUUCACACCAGAUGGAAGAAAAAGCAUUGCUGCCAGAUGAUGCUGAGCAGCGGAGUACUGGUGACCCUGACCCUAAAUGGACCACAGCUCGAACAAGUGUGUGUAGACCGCACCUUAGUGGGCCGACUACCAGCCAACACUGUGACUGAUGCGGUGCUGAGUGAUAGGAUGAUUCUGCUCUCCUUCCUGGAGCAAAGUCAAGUGGCCGCAGUCUAUCUCAACCAAAAGAACCAGGACUCACCCGAGACUGGCAGACGAACAGACAAACUCUCACCCUCUGAUAUCAAGGUGGUGUGUGUGGACAUGAGUGGGCGGGGUCGUAGGAUCCACAGACGUGUGGGUCUCAACCGUCUCCAGGACGUGGCGCUCUGCUGGUGGAACCUGGACGAGGCCGGUGAGGAGCUGUGGCCCUGGACUCCCAUAAACACGCACAGGAACAACCUGGUGCUGCUCAGAUGCUCACCUACUGAAGGCCUCAAGGUCCUUAGCUCUGUCCGGACAGAAGGCAAUCCCCUGGACUGCCGCUUCAGCCUGCUCCAGCCGUACCAGCUGCUAACGGUGGAACUACCUGAAGGACCACAAGAAUUCAAAGAGGAGUCCUGGGCUGACGCCUGUGUGUAUGAAUGUGCACGAGAGCGCCUGCACCACCUGUCUAUCACCCGCAUCCCGCUAUCGUCCCAUCCUGUCUCCUGCUCACGUCACCCCUAUGAGACCACACUUCUCCUGGGCUUAAGUGACUCCUCCCUAGUCCUGUAUGACCAGCGACGGGGGGUCUCUCUCCUGGCCUCCUGCCCUGUGCCACCCACCCUCCUUGCAUGGCAUCCUGCUGGGGCCAUGGUCAUGGUAGGGGGAGGGCAAGGGGAGCUGAUGUGCUUUGAUGUGGGCUUGGCACCUGUAAGCAUGGCACUGGUAGCAGAAGAGGUAGCUUCAGCUGCCACGCUAAGACUAGCUCAGCACCUGCGCUGUGGUGGAGGCCUGGAGGGACUGCACUGGUGGACCAGCCUGGAAGGAGGCCCAGAGGGGACCGAUAUCCUGAUGUUGGCCUUUCAUGAAGGACCACUAGCAGCCUUGAGGUUCAGACUAGGGGCUCUGACUGGUGGCCAGAUGGGCCCUGGGGAGCUUCUGCAACAGCGGCUGCGUUGUGGCCAGGUCAGAGAGGCACUGGGCAUCCUGGAGGCCAUGGACUGGAGCAUCAUGGGAGAUGAAUGCUACCGAGGCCUGACCUCGGUCACCAACCACCUGCUGAGACUGGAGCUGAAUGCAGAAAGAGAGGCCCAACUAGAAGCAUCUCUGGGUGUUUUUUAUGCCCCACCUGCCCCUCUCUCCAAUAUGGUGAUACUUGAGUACAGAGAGCCAAUCAGCAAGUAUGCACGGCGCUUUUUUCACCACCUCCUCAGACACCAGCGCUUUGAGAAGGCCUUCCUCCUCGCUGUAGAUUUAAAAGCCAGCGAUUUAUUCAUGGACCUCCAUUAUGUUGCCAGCGAUAAGGGCGAGUUGGUGCUAGCGGAUGUGGCCAAGAGGAAAGCUAAUGAAAUCGAGGCCCAGGCCGUCACAGGCAAUGAAAAUCCUCCGAGAGGCAGAAAUGUUGUGUUGUGUGGUUCCAGCUUCACAGACAGACAGACAGACAGGAACCACAGUGCAACCGGAUCUUCGUACCCAGGCACGCCCACAACACAUGCUGAUGGGAGAGCCAAUCAGAGGAGACCACAGGCAGAGAGCAUAUGUGUGACCGUGAGCCCCGAUGUGUUCAGGACACUGAGACAAACAGGAAGCAGUGAAGGUGACAGAGACAACAAGAAUGAAGAUGAAGACCCCGGGAUGCUUCACAUGGUCCAUUUGGGAAUGGUUUAAAAAAAAAAACUAGUAACAAGUAAGAUACGAUAAGAACACUUUAUUAAUCCCAGUGGGACACUGGAGAGACACAACAACAUCUCACAAAUAACAGGCUCUCUUUGUCUGUACUUCUAUAUACCAAGAAGUUACCUACCUAUAUUACCUGGAUUGAAACUCAAAUGCUUAUCAUUGUACAGUAGAUUAAUAUUUAUGAUAAAAGUGAAUUACUACAUGAGUAUUAAAUGUAAAUACAUUAGUUCUGUAUUACCAAUUUUAUCUGUAAUUUGUACAUUUUAGACCUGUUUUAGUAUAUCUGUGAAAUUUCAGUCAAGUUAAAAACACAGAGCAGCUCCACAGAGGUUAUUUUCUCUCUUAUUGAAGUCUAAACUAAAUGAACCUUAAAAGAAAACAGUUACACCAGGUUGCCUUUAAAAACAUGACAGAAAGUGUUUUAAACCUUGCCAUUAAUCAGCCUGAAAAAAUAAAGACUUCCAUUAUAUUUCCAUCACCACUGAUAUUGAAUGUUCCAGGCUUCCUCUGUGUGAGUGUGUGUAUGUGUGUGUGUGUGUGUGUGUGUGUGUGUAUAUAUGUGUGUGUCGGCCAAGAUUACGGGCCACAGUUUUAUUCAUGAAUAGGAGCCAACCAGCGUCUUUAAAGCAUCGCGCGGAGCCCCUUUCCUGAACAGCAGCCAUAGCCGUGUCAGAGCUGUCGACGCGCUGCGCUCACCGACUAAUCUGACAGCGCCGCGCGAGCCCUAAUCCCUCACUGUAUCGUAAUCUAUUUACUUUGCAUUCUAAGAGGAUUUCCACCAAAAAAUAUACAAGAAGCGAUGUUGGAAAUGGACAGAAGAUCAGUGAGGAUGCUUUUCUGCUCCUUUUUUUGUUUUGUUAGCUUUAAAAAAAAUCAUUGUAUGUUUUUUGGGGAGUCAAUCCCCUGCGAGAGGGAUGGGUGAAAGGAAUUACAUUUCUGACUGAUACUAAUACUUCUCUUAUGUAAACAUCAAAAUGUUAUAUUUUCCUUCUGAUGAUACAGUCACACUGCAGAGCCUGCUGGAGAUAAGUGGCAUCUGUCGAUGCCUUUAGUGCAUCUCUUGACACGUUUAUAAUUUACAAACCAAGGCUGCAUUAUCUCCUGAUUGUUUGACUUGACAGCUUGAAUAAAAGCUGCAAAAUUGCUUAACAGGCGAGCACGAGUUCCUCCCAUCUCUCUGAUGGCCUACACAGUAGCCUUUUUGACAUGCAAACAGUGAAAUCUCCUCUUUCAUAAUACAGAAAACAAAGUACGAGACCGAAUGCUCUCCUCAGUUACCCUUUAAGCAAUUAUGUCAGCUUUGUAAAAUCAUAAAUAGUUAUGCUUCAUUUAAAAUGUGGCCAGCAGCUUUAUUGUAAAACACCGCCUCACGCUCAAAUCUUUGCCAUCCGAGAUGACUCGCAGAGAUAGGCUUAUUAGUGGUAUUAACAUACUGCGCGGCAUGCUGGAGCUGUGAAACGGCCUUGUUAACAUUUGGAAAUGAAUCAAGCCUCCAGCACUUGCUAUUAUCCAGGUUAUCUGUUUUUUUCUCUCCUCUGUGCAACAGCUGUGCUGUGUUUUUGUGGAAGCUUUAUCACAUCUAAUGAUGGCUCUGAUUGGACUGAUACUGUUUCCCCUCAGGGGGAGGUUGUAUGUUUUAUAGGUUUGUUUCACUGAUCUUCACAAGCCAGAUCCCCAAAAUAUUAUAGACAAAUAUGUCCGGACCAUUAAAGACAUCAAAGAGACAUAAUUACUUACAAAUAAUAGUAAUUGGAAUUAUCUUGUUCCCAGGAAAACUGAAUAGUGUUAAGUUAUCAGUCAUCAUUCCAGUCAGUGAAUGAGAUGUACUUUGCAUAAAUAUCAUGCUACAGUUUUUUCAUUAAGAAAAGUACUUAAUUACGGUGCAACGUAUGCUUCCUGAAAAAGCCUCUUUAGACAAAAACAUUAUAAUUUGAUACUCUAAAACAACUGCAGAUUGAGAUCUGAGACAAACAUCAGCACUCUGCUGAGACUGAAGUUAGGAUAAAUGUUAUAUUCAUGGUUAACCUUUGGUCAAAUAUCCUCAACAUGAAUGUUCUGAUGUGUGUCCAGAGAUACCAGACCAGAAACUAACACUGUUUUAUCACUGAUACUUCCUGACUUUGACUUAUUUUAUGAGAAUUUCUUAUGAACAUAAUUUGAUGACGUUUCUGAAGUCUACUACCAAACAUUUGCGUUAC